GGAAGUGUUGAGUCGUAUCAUGUGAUUACCUCUUGCUGUGACUGUGCCGGAGGAGCUAUGUGGGAAUAGUUGUUGUUUUUGACAGCAGAAGAAGCUCCCGUUGUUGUCCCGGAGGUCGGUAACACGAUGCAGAACGUGAUAAACUCGGUGAAGGGCACCGCGCUCGGAGUGGCGGAGUUUCUCACACCUGUGUUAAAGGAAUCUAAAUUUAAAGAGACUGGAGUCAUCACACCGGAGGAGUUUGUUGCAGCUGGAGAUCACCUGGUUCAUCAUUGUCCCACAUGGAAAUGGGCCUCUGGGGAAGAAGUGAAGGUGAAGCCAUAUUUGCCGCAGGAUAAACAGUUUCUCCUGACGCGUAAUGUCCCCUGCUACAAGCGAUGUAAACAGAUGGAGUACUCAGACGAGCUGGAGGCCAUCAUAGAGGAGGACGACGGAGACGGAGGAUGGGUGGACACGUACCACAACUCAGCCUUGUUAGGAGUCACAGAUGCUGUACGAGACAUUUCCCUGGACAACAAUAAGGACAAGAACAUGAACGCCACAUCUGCGGCGAGUUGUGACGAGGGCGAUGGUGAAGACGAUGAAGACGAAGAAGCAGCAGAUAUGGAAGAAUACGAAGAAAGCGGCCUGUUGGAAACGGACCAGGCGACCCUGGAAACCACUAAGAUGGUAGACACUAAAGCCAAGGUAGAGCUGGGGAGCGAAGACGCCAUCCUGCAGACGAGAACAUACGACCUGUACAUCACAUAUGAUAAAUACUACCAGACCCCUCGACUCUGGCUGUUUGGAUACGACGAAGACAGACAACCACUGACUGUAGAGCAGAUGUACGAGGACAUCAGCCAGGACCACGUGAAGAAGACGGUCACCAUCGAGAACCACCCGCACCUUCCUCCACCUGCCAUGUGUUCUGUACACCCCUGCAGACACGCUGAAGUGAUGAAGAAGAUCAUCGAGACCGUGGCAGAAGGAGGAGGCGAGCUGGGAGUGCACAUGUAUCUUCUCAUUUUCCUCAAGUUCGUCCAGGCCGUCAUUCCCACAAUAGAAUACGACUACACGCGAAACUUCACCAUGUAGCUCCGUGAAUAUCUCCUCCAGACACGAGAAGGAUCGGCUCUCUUCUGCCUCUCUGUGAGAUUUGAUCUGCUGUGUGUGACUCUGCAGGACACGAGGAAUGUCAAAGGAGCAGUCUGAUGUUUUCAUGCAGGCUGGUGGUCGCAUGAGUCAGAUGAGAUUUAGAGUUAGAACCACGACCGAGUGUUAGAGCCACACGAAAGAACAGCAUCAGGAGAUGACAACAUUAAAGGUCAAAUAAUCACGAGAAUAAAGUCGCAAUCUUCUGAGAAAACUGGAGUCUGUGGUGAACUUGAAGUUAUUCAAAGGAGUGUGUGUAUUCAGUUCCAUCUUCAGUCCUGUUAAAUUACAUUAUCUUUAUAUUUAUUCUUGAAAUAAUUACGACUUUUUUCCUGAAUUGUCCUGAUUUAACUCUCAAAACUUUUCACAACAACAAAAACUUCACACACAUGUUUUGAGGAGAUCUGAGAUUUAUUUAAACUGAUUGAAGAGGAGGAGAAUAUGUGACCUUUAAUGUGGCCCUAAUACUCGAUCGUACAUAACGCAGACGGAUGUUUUCUGUCUUUCUAGCUACUGUCUUAUUUACUGAUUACAUCUUUGAGUUUCUCCUGUAGAAAACAGAAAAUGUCAGUCUGCAGCGAUGGACUAAACAGGUUGGAAGUUUCCCACAUCUUGCAGUCAUCUCUCUGAACUCAAUCAGAAAAAAAAAAAACCCUGAUUUCUCGUCUGACUCAGGCGGCUGAAUCCUGAACGUCAGACUCCUCCUCUCAUGUCUCUCUGCAGCUUUUUUAAGUUGUGACAUCGGCCUCACUAAGCUCCUGUUAUGACAAUUUCAUUUCUGUAACAAAACAAAAAACUCACCUCAUUCCACUCUGCAUCUAAACGAGUAAUCAGCUCUGAUUCUGCAAAACACAACAGCCUCCACGUAGUGACAAUAAAACGUGUGAUAGAAAACAUGUCUGGAUUAAUAACAGUCAUUUAUCACAAGAACAGACACAGAUGUUAAAGUUGUAUAUGUUUUUCUUUUGGCCACUAGGGGGCAGCAAACACAGCCGUAAACAAAAUUUGCAUCUCUUUCUUUUGUUUUUAAUGAAUGUAAGUCUGAUGUUUUUCUUUCUUGGGUGAGAGGCGGGGUUACCCGUCAAUCACAGGCCACAAGCCUCCACACUGACGGUCAAUUUAGAGUCCCCAGUUCACCUAACGAGCAUGUCUGUGGACUGUGGGAGGAAGCCGGAGUACCCACAAUGAAUCCGUAAUGACUGUAAUCAUAAAGAAAAAUGAAAACAGCAAAGAUUUGGGCCAUCAAACCAAAAUAAUGAUCAUGCCCAACCCUGCACUCUUUUAGUUUUCCUGUUCAGCACAUCCACGUCUCGUACAAACCUUUCAGUAAUCAUCAGAAUAAGGUCUCAAAUCUGAACAGUUUUUGAUGUGUUCACUAUGAAGAGUCUCAGUCGCGUUUAUAGAAGCUUCUUGGUUAUUAAUAUUGCUGCUCUGCUUCACUGUGGUGAUUCUCAUUGAUGCACUUUGCAGGCUGAGCCUCGUUGUUGAUGAAGCUCCUCAUGCCGGUUUGUCUUAAUGCUUUCUUCUCUGAAUGUUCUGAUGUGCGCCCUGUUUAUUCGUCCACUCAUGUUUACAGGCUUUUUGUGAUUUUAUUUUACUUCAUUUUUUUUUUCUUUGCUCUGCAGCUUCCGUCACAACCUUGAGCUUUUAUUUGUCUUUGCCUCUGCAGCGUGACGCAUCUCCUUCUGUUGUGUCUAAGAGCUCUGUGUGAAGGUCGGCUGUGAGCUUGAUUGUGCAGCAAAAACAAACUUCUGUUAUCGUCACGAACCUCUCAAUAAAUCCUUCAGUGAAUAUGUGGACUGUAUCUUUUGGAUGGUGUUUCUGUUUGGCUCAGCAACAUGUUUAUCUUCAUAAUAUACCUGCUACAGUGAUACUCGCUUGUUUUCCUGAAUAAAAUACUCACUCAACGAUCUGCUCUGAUGUUGGCUGGUGACACUUGGACAUUUUAAAGAUUCAUAAAUAAAAGUGUUGCAUCAG